UGACGUCCACCAUCGAGUCCCUCCCACUACCGAUUUCCCACAAUACACCGCGGUCCUCCACACUGGCUUGCUGCUUCCUUAGAGUCAAAUCCAAGAUGGCGCUCCGCCGCUUCUCCCAGCUCUCGUCCACGCUGCGUUCCGCGGUCAGCGUGACUCUACGCAGGAACAUCGGCCUCUCAGCUAUCCUCCUGAACCGGGCCAAAGAGCUGGACCCCGUGCAGAAACUGUUUCUGGACAAGAUCCGAGACUACAACACCAAGAGCAAGGCUUCUGGCGGCAUUGUGGAUGCAGGACCCGGAUAUCAGAAGAGCAUGUCCGAGGAGGUUUCCAAACUCGAGAGGUUAUAUGGUGGUGGAGACCUCUCCAAAUUCCCUGACUUCAAAUUCCCAGACCCCAAGCUCGAUGAAGUGACCAAGUGAAUCCUGAUCAUCAUGUAAAUCACCAAUGUAUUAUAUUUAAUAAAAAAAUUCAGAUGUUUGAAUCUUUCAGUGUUGACAGUUGUAUAGAGACAAAUGUAUUAAAUGUAUUACUGCACAAUGAA